AUGCCGCUGGGUACACCACUUGUACACACUGCGACGGCCCUGCUGCUCCGCACGACGAGCAGCACCGCAAACCGCCAUGUCUCCGUCGCGCUCUUCUUCACCGUCGUAGCGCGCCAUCCGCUGCCUGCACCCUCCUCCUCGCGUCGUGCAUUCUCAACUACCAUCUCUCCCAGCAAACCCGCCGUGCAAGGAAAGGACCGUCCAGGCGCACCCGGUCUCCGCCAUCCCGACGGAAGCUACCUCCUCUUCCACCCGAUCUACUCGGAAACCGAGCUGGACAGCGUCAAGGUCGUGCAUCGCGAGAGCAAGACGUUGGGCGACAAGGUGGCGAGAGCCAUGUGCACGGCCGCACGCACCGUGUUCGACAUGGCCACCCGAUAUCCCGAUCACAACGGCGUCAAGUUCCCACCCCUCAAGAAGGAUGUCGAAAAGACGGUCGGUCUGCCCUCGCACCUCGCUAGGCAAGUCGAUAAGCUGAAGCAGUGCAAUACUACUUCGGAUGAAGCCAGCUCGACACCAGCCCAAGGCACAACAGCGAUAGUCAACAAGACCGGCGCGGACCUCACCCACCUCUCGCAGAGUGACGGCGCCAUGACGCUCCAAGAGAUGCGUGCCAAAGGACUCUGUUUCGGGCCCGAUGCGUGGCUCAACCGCAUCAUUUUCCUCGAAACCAUCGCUGGCGUUCCCGGCAUGGUUGCUGCGACCUGUCGCCACCUCCAGUCCCUCCGGCUCAUGAAGCGCGAUAAAGGGUGGAUCCACACGAUGCUCGAGGACGCCGAGAACGAGCGUAUGCAUCUGCUCACCUUCAUGGAGCUCGCCAAGCCCGGAUGGAUCGCGAGGACGUUUGCGCUGCUCGCCCAGGGCGUGUUCUACAACUUCUUCUUCGUGUUCUAUCUCAUGGCGCCGCGGGUGGCGCAUCGCUUCGUGGGCGUGCUGGAGGAGGAAGCGGUCGUGACGUAUUCGUUGAUCUUGGAGGAUCUAAAGGAAGGGAGGCUGCCAGAAUGGGAGGAUGUGGCGGCGCCAGAGAUCGCCAAGCAGUACUGGCAGUUGGGAGAUGAGGCGAUGCUGGUGGAUGUGAUCAGGGCAGUGAGGGCGGAUGAGGCGACGCAUCGACACAUCAACCAUACCUUUGCGUCGUUGGAGGCGGAGGAUCCGAAUCCGUUUGCGCUGAGGGAGCCACCGGCCAAGAUGCGCGCAGAGACGUACGGAUUGGAAAGGCAGCAAGCGCUCGAGUGGGCCAAAGGAAAGCAGUCGGGCGAUGGAUCGGAUGCAGCGGCUGCCGCUGAAAAGACCGCAUAG